AUGCGUGAAACUCUACGAAAUGAUCUCAACAAGUGUCCCACUGAUUAUGAACAGGUUGCCAAAGACUACGACAUCAUUGGAGCCAUUCUUCAUAGACUAAAUCAGCUAGAAGAUGCUCUAACAAGCUAUUUUCAAGCACACAGCUUACGCAUGAAGCAUCUCGCACCGUUGCAUCUCGAUUACGCCAAGUCGCAUAACAAUGUUGCGACUAUUUACAUUGCGAAACGGAAUUUUAAAGAGGCUCUAAAGAAGUUGGAUGAAUGCUCUUCUAUUCUAAAGCACUCGAUUCGUGAACCUUAUCACGCUGCUUAUGUAUCAUGUGAACAUAGUAAAGCGGAGGCUCUCAUGGGUUUAAAUCUUUUCGGAGAAGCCAUUGAACAUGGAUGCACAGCUCUUGAAAAUAGUUUGAUGAUCUAUGGAGACAAACAUCAGACGACGGCUGCAAUCGAAAAAACUCUUCAACUUAUUUAUACCCAACAGUGGGAAUAUGAAAAUCGACCGAUUGAAGAAAACAAAAAUACUUACAAUGAAUUCCAUCCAUAA